CAAGGCAGCCACAGAUCUCGGCGAAGGCCACCCCGUCGCAGAGAAGGCCUUCUUCUCCUCCCGCCCAGGGCACCUAGUUAGCUACAGGAGCCAUGGCUGGAAAACCAAUUCCCUCAGCCCUGCUGAAGCAGAUGCAGAAGGCGACCAUCAAGCACACGGACAUGGCGGGCGAGAUGAAGACGGAGGUGCUUGACAUCAUCACGGGGUCGAUCGACAAACAUGCAGGCUCAGAUCAGGGGCUCGAGCUGGCUGCUAGGCUCAUCAAGGAUACCUUGGACAGGCAGCAUGGCGCCCAGUGGCACUGCGCCAUCGGGAAGGGUUUCUCAUUCGAUGUCACCGCGCAAAAUGGUACCCUGAUGUACUGCUUCUACCAGGCCGAAUUUGCAAUCCUUGUCUACAAGUGCUGACGGGCUCUCGGCCGAAGGCCAAAACCCGCGCAGAAAAGCUGCGUCGGGGGCAUCGGUGCGGUCGCUGCUCGGGCCGCCAUCCGGCAAGGCUCCCCGCGGUCUGAGCUUUCCUUUUGCCGGCUCGGCUGCGCGGGCCUCCUUGAAGACCGCACAGUUGCAGAGGGCAGCGGUGAUUCCUAAGCCAAAAAACGACCCCAGCUGGUUAUGUGCUCGUUGUGUCGCGUGGUGCGUAGUUUGCAGAGAAGAUGUGUCUGUGUGUGUGCACGCCAGAUGCAUAGCCAAUGUGGAGCUACGCCCCUCUGAAGAAUGCAGUAGUCGUUCGAGCAACCCAUACAUGUAUGCCACGUGUCUGCGUCAGGUGCGCUCCGCAUCCCACAUUUGAACGCAGGUGUUUGCGCCAAGUGGCGUCUCCGCGCCAGCGUAGCAGUUCAGAAGGAAUGGUAUUUAGUCUAAGACCCGUUUGACAUCAGCGCGCGUCUGAAAUAGCGCGAGU